GGUUUUAUUCCAAUUGGAUUCAAAAGAAAACCCUUCAACAUUAUCACAUACACCAGAUUUGCUUUUAUUUAAUUAAUCAGAAUGGCGUCGAAAGUAACGUUUAAAAUCACGUUAACAUCAGAUCCAAAACUACCCUUCAAAGUAUGAGUGGCAUAGCAACUAAUUACCAUGGGGACAAACAAAGAAGAUAACUUAUUAGAAACACUCUAUAAUAUAAGUCAAUAUCUUAAAGUUUAUGAAGGAGCUUUACAAGAUGCUGAUUCAGAUUAUAUUAUAAGCAGUUUCAAGCUGGCAAAGUUUGUUGAGGAUGUAGUUGAAAAACAAAAGAAGAAAGACUGUGUAGAUCAAUUUAUAUCACUUAUUGAGUCUUAUUCACUUGAAAAACAUAAAAGAAAAUAUGAUUAUAAAAUUGAAUUCUAUCAGAAAGCCACAUCUCAUUUAUUAGCCAAAUAUUUCCGUUCAAAUAAUGAUUUUUGUGAUGUUGCUGUCAAAAUGUUUCUUGCUUUAAAAUCACAGGAAGAUUUUUCUGAUGUAUUAACUAAUAUAAUAUUUGAGGCUGAAAAUAUUGCAGCUGUGAAUGAAUAUGUACAGUUAAAUAGUGCGCAAAUUGAUUGGGAUAGUUUAAAUUAUGAGUUAUUGAUAAAUGCAUGGAAUAAUGAGUUAAUUAAGCAAAAUUCUAAUUCUAUAUCGAAAGCAAUCGAUUCCAUGUUGAAUGUUUACAAAAUCGAACAAAAUAUUAAAACAUUAUUGAUUGUAUUAAACAGUGAUCAAGCUAGUGAUGAUUUAAAAGAACUGAUUAUAACAAAAUUAAAGCCCAAAAUGUUAGAUAGAACUGCAUUAAGUGAAAAAUUCUGGAUGGCACUUCUAAGUAAAGAUACAAUUGAAAUAGUUGUACAAAUAUGUACGAAAAACACUGCAUUUUUAGAGUUAUACAUGAAUUUUAUUGUAUAUUUAAUUACAAUGUUUAAUUAUGAAGAUUGUUCUUGGAUUGCCGACUCGAAUUCAAUCUGUAGUUCGGUGACAUUCACCGAUGCUUGCUUUAUUUUAAGAAAGUUCCACGACUCUGAUGAUUUAAAACUUAAGAAUUACUGCUGCGAUAGGAUAAAUAAUGCCAAGACUAGUAUAGGAACAAAAGUGUGGUUUGAGAUUGAAAAUAAACUGAUUGAUUAAA